AAAUAAAUAAAUAAAUUCCGAAGGUCUGCAGAUUUUCCAAUCGGAGACGAAGACCGAACCCCUACAUCCCGGGAAAUACCGAGCUCGAAUUCUGUUCUGGAUCUUUUUCCCUACAGAAUCCGAGAAAUUAAGGGGUCUCCGCCAAGUCUCCGUUUGGUUUAAUUCUCGUCAUUUUCCGUUUCUCUAUCGCUGGGGGGUUGGAUUUUUAAAAAUUAUCCUCCAUUGAUCUCAUCCCUGUUCCUGUUCCUGUUCCUCUUCCUGUUCCUGGUUGAGUUCUUCAAUUUUGCUUGGGAAUUAGAGGCGCUACGCGUAUUACCCCUUCCGAUUGAUCGAGGACCGGGAUCUCUAUCUCCUUCGCUGCUGUGUGGGAUCGGAAAUUGGAGGCCGGACAUGGAUAAUAUGAUCAGCAAACUUCGAAACUUGGACGCUUACCCUAAAAUUAAUGAGGAUUUCUACAGCCGAACACUCUCCGGUGGCGUUAUUACGCUUGCGUCUUCUGUAGUCAUGAUCUUGCUAUUCAUUUCCGAGCUACGGUUGUAUCUYCAUGCCGUGACUGAAACAAAGCUCGUAGUUGAUACAUCAAGAGGAGAAACCCUACGCAUCAAUUUUGAUGUUACGUUUCCUGCCCUUCCUUGUUCUAUAUUAAGUCUUGAUGCGAUGGACAUCAGUGGAGAGCAACACCUAGAUGUGAAGCAUGACAUAAUCAAGAAAAGAUUGGACUCUCAUGGCAAUGCUAUUGAAUCUAGACCAGAUGGGAUUGGUGCUCCUAAGCUAGAGAAGCCCUUACAGAGACAUGGUGGCAGGCUUGAGCAUAACGAGACAUAUUGUGGUUCCUGCUAUGGAGCUGAAUCAACAGAUGAUGAUUGUUGCAACUCAUGUGAAGAGGUUCGUGAAGCUUAUCGAACGAAAGGUUGGGCUGUGUCAAAUCCAGAUUUGAUUGACCAGUGCAAAAGAGAAGGGUUUCUCCAAAGGAUCAAAGAUGAGGAUGGUGAAGGAUGCAACAUAUAUGGAUUUUUGGAAGUUAAUAAGGUCGCUGGAAAUUUUCACUUUGCGCCUGGGAAAAGCUUUCAACAGUCAAAUGUUCAUGUACAUGAUGUGUUGGCAUUCCAAAAAGACAGCUUCAAUAUAAGUCACAAGAUUAACAGAUUAACUUUUGGAGAAUAUUUCCCUGGCGUGGUGAAUCCUCUGGAUAGCGUGCAAUGGAGGCAAGAAACGCCAAGUGCAACAUAUCAAUACUUUAUCAAGGUUGUACCUACUGUUUACAAGCACAUUAGUGGGAAUACCAUCCAGUCAAACCAGUUCUCUGUCACAGAACACGUAAAGAGUGCUGACAUUGGACGCCUUCAGUCACUUCCUGCAGUUUUCUUUUUCUAUGACCUCUCUCCAAUCAAGGUCACAUUCACAGAGGAGCAUGUGUCAUUCCUGCAUUUCUUAACAAACGUAUGCGCUAUAGUUGGAGGCAUCUUCACUGUCUCAGGAAUACUGGAUUCAUUUAUAUAUCAUGGUCAGAAGGUGAUCAAGAAGAAGAUGGAGCUUGGUAAGUUCAGCUGAUAAUUGACUGAAUUAUUUGAGUUGUUGAUGCUAUGGAAAGCUUGGCAGCAAAUUCCAAUUUUGACAUGAUCAAAUCAAGAGGAUCAAUGGUACAGCACGAUGUAUUAGAUAAAUUAUGAUUGGAGUUUGUAGCCAUGAUUUUACUCAGUCGAUGACUUGGGUCGAGCUCCUGCCUCGUUUCAUAUUUAAAACCAUUUGUUUACAGUUUUACGAGUUGUUAACUGUUGUCGUAAAUGUGAAUAUCCACUCCAGAGGUGAAGACAGGAUUCUCGUUAUCUGUUAGAUCACAYCCCCCAAAAUUUGGAUUUAUAUAUUAACUUUAAUGUGUAGACUCUUUUUGUUGUUGUCAUGA